CAUACUCGUUCCAUAUUCAGCCUCGUGGUAACCACAGCACCAUCAACAAAAAGGAUAUUGAAUUAUUGUCAUACAUAUCCUUCACACGACCACUUCUCUGUUUGUACAGAGCUGCGCAAAACGAAAUACCAAACAAAAAUGUCUGCACCGUCGAACAAGAAGCCCGCGGCCGAAGCUGCAAAGCCAGAGCAAUCGCAAACCCAACAGAAGAAGCCUGCCGCUGCAUUAGAGGAGGACGACGAAUUUGAAGACUUCCCCGUUGAAGACUGGCCAGCAGAGGAGACCGAGGCGGUAGCCACAGCGACAGCAGGUAACGACGGUACCGGAACGCAGCACCUAUGGGAAGAGAGCUGGGAUGACGACGACACUUCUGACGACUUCUCCGCGCAGUUGAGAGAAGAACUCAAGAAAGUCGAGUCCUCAAAGCGAAGAUGAUCCAAUCCGUCCCAUUCGAGCAUACGCUACCCCGAUAUCCAGCACAAGAACGUCUCCACGCUUAAGCACACAAAAGCAACCCAAACAACUAGUGACGCAACGUAAAGCAAAGGGGACCUCAUGAAAUGUACUUAGUUUAGUCUCUUUCGCCUCCGCGGCAUAGCUUAAGGAGGAGACGAAAAGAAAGUGAAAUGAGCAAGGAUUCGAUUAAUAGACUGAUAGGCAGGGAUGAAACUGUCGUGACCAAAUUA